AUGUACCACAUGCUCACCAGGCCUGACGACCUCCCCAGGAGCCACACCGUCAACAUCAUGGGCCUGAUAGAGACGAUCCAGCUCCCUUAUAUGUCAGACAAGGACAUGCAUCUCUUCGCCGCCACCCAAGCCAAGGAGAUUAAGACCACCAUCGAUGGCUGGGACGUGUGUGGCCGCAUAAUCGCUCGUGCUGCUGAGCGAAUGAUGCUUGGGUUGCCGAUGAGCUGCAUCGAGGAAUUGCUUGAGGCAUCACGUUUGUAUGCCAACUCCGCUCUGCUCGGUGGCGCCGCUGGUAGCACUACAAGCCAACUAUUCAUGGCCAAUUGA